AUGAGCGAACUGCCGGCUCUCUACAGCCAGGCUAAACGCCUGACAAUCGCCUUGCGAGAAGGCCUCGACAGGCUGGAAUCAACCGAGGUUGCUGGUGGAAGUACCUCCGCACAGAUGCAGGUCCUCCGUGCAAAAUUUGCUGACCUUCAGCGUACCAGCAAUGAGGUGGACAGCGUGUGGCGGAUGCAUGUGCUCAGGGAGAGCCACAAUUCAAGGGACUUAUGGAAGAGGAAAGUUGAGCAGGUGGCAGAAGACAUGGACUCCAUACGAAUGGCUUUAGAUCGAUUUGGUGCUAGAGAAGACAGACGUGCACGAGAGCGACAGGAACGAGAGGAAUUACUGAUGAGAAGGCAGGAAGGGGCUGCAGUGGCAGUGCAGAUGGACACAGAGGCUCAGUUGAUGGGCUCAGUGCAGAGGUCCAAAACCGUUCUUCAAGAAGCCAUAGACAUGGGAACCAACAUAUUGGAGACAAUGACAAGCAACAGAGAGGUCCUUAAGAGGGCACAGAAGCGAAUGCUGGACAUGCUGAAUACUGUGGGCCUGUCAGAGUCACUUUUACGAGUAAUCGAAAGGCGGCAAAAAGGUGACAUAUGGAUAACUUAUGGAGGCAUGGUGGCCACUGUUCUGGUCCUUAUCAUGGUGUGGUGGUUCUUUUUAUGA